CGAUAUUGUAGAGCUUGCAGAUGUGAGUGUGACACUUGCAGAGAAUGUUAUUGGCUAUACUAGACUAUAUUCUGCUGCAAGAAAUAGAAGAUGAGAACUUAAGAAAAAUAACCAAUAGUAUCCUGAAGAUGACUGAGGAAAUGGGCUAUAAGGUUACCCACACAGAGAGAAAUAUGUCAGUCAUAACCACAUCCUUGGCCCUCUUGGUGUUGCGUCCAGAUCCCGGCCUAUUUGGAGGACUGGCCUUUGGCAUUGCCUCUUACAACAGAGGUGUGGAUCUCAAGAUCAGUGUACAAGAAAACCCUUUCAGAAAGGUUUUGGCCUCUGUGUUUUUGCCAAAAUCCCUGAAGAACUUCCUAGGCAUCGAGUACUCUGACCCAGACAAGCGUUCAAAGAUCCAGUUCAAGUUUUUUGGCACUACUUCACUUUUUCUGGAUGACAGUUUAACGAUGGAGAGAUUGAACACUUAUGUUGUGAGUGCCAGCAUUGAAAAUGCAUCAAUUCAGAACCUUAACGAGCCCGUGACUGUCACUCUCCACCACAUAGACCAGAACAGGGGCAAUGCAGCAGUGCACUGCGUCUUUUGGGACUUUGGGAAAAACAAUGGACUGGGUGGUUGGAAUACAUCGGGGUGUGAAAUGGAAUAUACAGAUAUGAAUUAUACAAUCUGUUUCUGUAACCAUCUUACCCAUUUUGGAGUCCUACUGGACUUGGCCCGGACAGAAAUAGAUGUCACACAUGAUCAUAUAUUAACUUUGAUAAGCUAUGCAGGAUGUGGUGCUUCUUCACUUUUUUUGGGAAUAACGCUCAUGACAUACCUAACCCUUGAGAAGGUGCGGAGAGACAGCCCCUCAAAAAUCCUGCUCAACCUUUGUGCUGCGCUGCUGAUGCUGAACGUUGUCUUCCUCACCAACUCCUGGCAGACCUCGUUCAACCAGCCAGGCCUCUGCAUCACCAUGGCCAUGCUCCUCCACUAUUUCCUUCUUGCAGCAUUCACGUGGAUGUGCCUGGAGUCUGUUCACUUUUAUUUGGCUCUUGUCAAAGUUUUCAAUGUUUAUGUCCCAAAGUACAUCCUAAAAUGCUGCAUUGCUGGCUGGGGAAUACCAGCUAUUGUGAUUACUCUUGUGCUCAUUAUAAAUAAAGACUUCUAUGGCAAUGGGUCACUCUCCAAGAGCCAUCCUUACAGCAAUUUUUGCUGGAUCCAGGACAACACUGUGUUCUACAUCUCUGUUGUGGCCUAUUUCUUCUUACUAUUUUUGAUGAAUACAGCUAUGUUCAUCACUGUUCUCCUUCAAAUCCACUCUGUGAAAACGAGGACACAAAAGACAUCCAGAUUCUGGAAACGGGGUGCUCUCCAAGACCUCAAAAGUGCUUUCAGCCUGAUGUUUCUUUUGGGGUUAACGUGGGGCUUUGCCUUUUUUGCCUGGGGAGCAGUGAGGAUAUUUUUUUUGUAUCUCUUCAGCAUUUUUAACACCUUGCAAGGGUUCUUUAUCUUUGUGUUUCACUGCCUAAUGAAGGAUGAAGUAGUGAAGCAGUGCCGAGUACACUUCUGCUGGGGAAGAUUUGGUCUGAGUAGUUAUUCUGACUGGAGUGGGUCAGGUGCAACUGCUGGAUCUUCACCAAAGCAUUUAAACCACAGAUCACCAUCCCAGGCUUUGUGGAGUCUACAUCCUAUUGGAACAAGUUCAACUUUCAAUGCAGAUUUGCUUCCCAUGACUUCUCCAGAUGCAAAUUUUAAGAUUGCUGAAAACCAUUGCAACCUCAGUGCUGUAUCUCCAGAUGAUGAGACCUACCAUCCUUUUUCACGAAGAAUACUAUCCAUGGAUACAGGGUUGCACUAUCCACAGAAAGUAGGAUUUUUACACUGAUAAUGAAUUUGUUUUCCUCUGCUUAUCUAAUGGUGGUUCCUUUUGAGAUUUGUAGAAACAAACAUAGUUCUAAGGAAUUACAUCUAAUGUACAGUUAUCACUCUGGACACAAUUAUAGAGCUAAACAUCCCAUGACUCAGCUUUAGGCUUCUUUAGGAGUAGCAGUGACCACAAGAGGACUUGGUCCCACUGUGUUUCCCAGAUUAGUCCUCAUAUUAAACAGAAAAUUGAAACAGUCCUUGUCGUGAGCCGCAUUCAUAGUUCGUCCUCCUUUUUUUCUGCCUUUCCACUGUCCCAAUAGCCCUCUGUUUCCAUCUUCAUCUGAUACUUAUCUCAGAAUUCAAUACCUGUAAUACUGAGUUACAAGUGACAUUUUUGAAACUGUUGGUUGACUGUCCCAGGCAUGGAUAUCGACCAGUAUCUUUCCUUACUUUUCUGAAAUGGACUUGGACCAACUUAUACUUGAAGAAAUUGGAUGCAGAUUUCCAAGAUGUUCCUCUCAGUUGUAUGUUAUUUUCACACAUACUGUCAUGGGUGACUUCACCUUUGAUUCCUAAAGAGACGUAGACACAUGUCUACAUCUGAAAUGUUUGAAAAUAUUGC